UUUCUAGGUCAUAUUCCCCAUUCCGCUUCUCCUGCGCUAGCACAACCUUCAGGUUGCACGAUUGCAGAGGAGGGCGGAAUUCUCUUCCCGAAAACGUGUCCCCUAUAUACCCCCAUACCUCUUCCUUCCAUCACCUCCAGCCAGGAGCCCCCCAGUGGGAGCAGCCAGGCAGCCGGGGCUGGCUCUGCCCAGCCGCCGUCCGUCCUCCCUCCCUCUCCCCAUCCCUCCCUUUUCCUUAAAAACGUGGGCUCCGGGGUGCAGCCCCCUGCUCUGGCAGCAUCCCUGCCUGCGAGGACCAGCCCCUCACCGCCUCCCCCUUCCACCGGCCGCCUCCGAAGCGGAGCCUCCGGCUUUGUCACCUCCAUCCCGGGGUACCUGGAUGCGGCCCCGGGGAGCAGAGCCACGGGGCAGGGAGCAGCGCUAGAGAGGAUCCCUCCACCCAGGUCCUUGGUACAGGCUAGUGUUUCAGGAUGGACCCACUCUUCCCUGCCCAUAUUUUGGAAGAUCCUGACCUGAGAAAGCUACUGAAUGACUCCUCCAUGCUGAACCUGAGCUUUCUCCCCAGUAACUGGUUCAACAACGGCACCGGGGACAGUUUCCUGCCGCUGAGCAUCAAGAUCACCAUCGUGGUUGUCUACUCCAUUGUGUGCAUCGUGGGGUUGGUGGGCAACUGCUCCGUCAUGUAUGUCAUCGUCAGAUUCACCAAGAUGAAGACAGCAACCAACAUCUACAUCUUUAAUCUCGCUCUGGCUGACACCUUGUGUCUGAUGACCUUACCCUUCCAGGGUACAGACACGUUCCUGGGCUUCUGGCCCUUUGGCAAUGUCCUCUGCAAGAUUGCCAUCUCCAUAGACUACUACAACAUGUUCACAAGCACCUUCACCCUGACAAUGAUGAGCGUGGACCGCUACAUUGCUAUCUGCCACCCCAUCAAAGCGCUGGACAUCCGCACUCCCCACAAGGCCAAAGUGGUGAAUGUCUGCAUCUGGGCACUGGCCUCCGUCUUCGGCAUCCCAGCGAUGGUCAUGGGGUCUGCAGAGAAUGAAAACAACGAAAUCGAUUGUCUAAUUAAACUCCCUUCACCCGUGGAUUACUGGGAUCCAGUGUUUGGCAUCUGUGUCUUUCUCUUCUCCUUUAUGAUCCCCGUGUUGAUCAUCACCAUUUGCUACAGUCUCAUGAUCAGAAGACUGAAGAACGUCCGUGUUCUCUCAGGCUCCAAGGAGAAGGACCGCAACCUGAGGCGCAUCACCCGAAUGGUCCUGGUGGUUGUCGCCGUCUUCAUCAUUUGCUGGACUCCCAUCCAGAUUUUCGUGCUGGUCCAGUGUUUGGGUGCCAAGGCAGAGAGCGAGCUGGAGUUGGCCAUCUCCUGCUUCUGCACCGCACUGGGCUAUGCCAACAGCAGCCUGAACCCCGUGCUAUACGCCUUCUUAGACGAGAACUUCAAGGCCUGCUUCAAGAAGUUCUGCUUCCCCACUGCCUUCAGGACCGAGCUCCAGAUGUCCAACAGAAUGUGCAGCAUCGCCAAGGAUGUGGCUUAUGCCUGCAAGAACUCGGAGGGGACUAACAAUCCGGCAUGACUAGGCAUGGAAAUUCCCAUGGUGGCUGUCGCCCAGCAGAGUCCAACCACCCCCACAUCAGAGCUAACUCAGAUAACGGCUCUUUAGCAGGACCUCAAAACUCAGAGGCGAGAAACCAAGGAAACGAUUUUGGGGGUUGGGAAAAGCGGAUACUGCGAGAGCAUGCAGGAAAAGUGAGCCUGUUUGAUGCUUUGUACUUUCAGUGCACCUUGCACUGAGGAACGUUUGAAAUCAGCCCUUUGAUUCCUGCAGAACCCUGGUGGUUUGCAACACUGUUGAGAAUUCAGGAAUUAAGGGUUUGAAACAGGCAUUGCUCCUGCAACUUACACUUUUGCUGCUGGGAGACAGACAAAAUGCAGACUGUUCCAUUUCUUUUUUUCCUCUGAGUUGUUGAAGAUACCAACAGCUCAUGUGGCUCACCAGGCGCUUGUGUGCAGGUUUUGUUCCUGCGGCAUCGCUCUGAAAUUAGACUCUGCUGAAGCCAAAGUGGGCAGCAGCCGUCAGACAAAAAAAAAAAAACCAAACCCAAGAUCAUCUCCGGGAUGAGUCAUCAGGAAGGGAAGGAUGCGGGAGGAGGAGGGAGCUGCUGGAAAGGGAAAUUCAGCCUGCCCCGUGAUGGGAGCUUGGGGACAACGGCAGCUCCUGGGGAUGGGACCUGCAGUAAAACCCCUGAGAGGGGAACAGGGGAUGAGAAGGGACCGUCAAAACUGAGGAAUGUCCCUCAGAAGAGGAGGAAGAUGGAUUAAAGGAACACAAAUCCUUGUUUACAUGCUGCUAUUGCUUUUUGUUUGCUUGUUUUUUAAGCCUGUUUUUCCAUUGUAAUAAUGGACAGAAUGCGUCUGUAUAUACACAUUUCUAUAGUGCUAUAGGAACAACUAUAACAUAGGAUUUCAUCUUGCCAAGCACGCCUUGGGGAUCUUCCUUGGUGAGAGGAGGAAGGAACGAAGUGGCCUAUAUAUACAUGUAUUUAUGUAUAGAGGAAAACAUUUCAGACAAGUCAGAACAGCAGCUCCUCCAGGAGACAUGGACAUUUCUGGUGGGAGGGGCAGCCUAAACCAGUCCCACCUGCUCCACAUGAGAUAAGUGGUGCAGAAACCAUAUAAAAGAUAGUUUAUUGUUAUUAUUAUUUUUUAAAUGAAAUGAGAUCUGUGAUGCUUAGAGCACUUGGGGAAAUGCUGCUGAGGUCCGACCCCUCCUGCCAAUCACAGAUGGAUUUUUCCCAGUAGGCCAGACCUCUGUGGAAAAUGAAAUACCCCAUCCUUUCAUUUGAUAAUGAAAGCGUUCCCAAAGAUUUUAGCCGCUGAGUGCCCUCCGUGCUGGCAGGGACAGCAGACUUGUGUUCUCCCUGUGGCACAAAACCCUGGGGAAAUCUGGGCAGCAGUGGCCAGUGGUGCUGAUGGGGAAGCAAAGCAACAACCUCCGUUUGGAGAUGGGAGGUCAACUCCAGCGCGAGAACCGGCAGCUUUGUCCGGACUGUACAGAUUUCAUGUGAAUAUAUUUCUUGUGCUCUGGUCUAUGAGAUUCUGUAUUUUUAAUGUAUCAAUUUGCCAAUAUUUUAAUGCUGUCAUGUUCUUUAUAUAUGCUGUAUAAAAGAAUCGAAUGUUAUAUUUCUAUGUAGAGUGUUUCCCUUACGGUUGGGCUUAAAAUAUAGAUGCAAUACCAGUGUCCCACGUAUAGGACCCAGAUCCCUUGUAAACUGUUCAAGCUGGGAUGAUUUUCAUGAUGAUUAGCAUUUGAUUGGGAAUCCAGAGGGAUACCAUAGCAAACUUUGCAAUUAGCACUUCCUCUGAAUAAUGCAGGGGGAGGAGGAAAUCUGGGCACUUUAAGCACUUUGUGAUGGAUGUUUAUCCCCAAGCACUCACUAGGAAAUCUCAUACAACCCCCAAGCACGCUUGGGAGAACUCCCUGAGAACUGCAUUGCCAGCAAGCUGCAUCCACGCCCUGGAAAAAAAUGAGUUUGGUGGGCUCUUGUGUUCAUGGAUUAAAUAGUAGCCUUGGUCAGUGAGCAACCUUGAGUUUUCCCAGCCCAUCACCUGCUGUACGGUUGUGCAUGGAGCUGGGAGACACCGGCCGGGCUCUUCUUGCAGUGCCAUUAGGGAGCAGGGAAGUUUUCAUUAGUGGCUGGCUAAGGAACAGCCACCCUACCUUUGUCGUUCUUGGGUGGGUUUUUAAAUAGAUUAAUGUCCUCUGAAAAAAGAAAAUAUACCAGUGUUUGGCAUUUUUUUAAAUAUGGAUUUUGUUAUAAUGACAAUGCUGCAAUGAUCUUACAUAAUGAAGUACUCAAUAAAUGUGCAUUUACUAAGCUUUUGGGUAAUUCUGUGGCCCUUGCAGUGAAUGUGUUCCGGCAUUCUGUUCAAUGCUCAGUGGAGUUUGUUAUGAGAAGAGCAACAAAAACCUGAGAGCAAAAGCUUUAUUGUACUGUGCCUAUGGAAUUAAAGGCUUGCGAUUGGCUGAAGCGCAGGCUCUUGAAUUCUCUGCUGAAAUGGUUGUGUUGGUUCGAUUUUACAAUUACUGCAGUGUACAUGACAAUUUCCUAGGUGGCUACUUGUGUGCUUCAAUAAAGGAAAAUAAAACCUUGUA